AUGGAGUGGAAAGGGCUAAUGUUCAAGAAUGAUGCAAGGCCUAAAGCUAAAUUCGUGAUGUGGCUGCAUCUGCAUGGUGGUAUGAGGACAAAUGACAGGUUGAUUCAGUGGGGAAUGGAAGUUAAUCCUGAAUGUACAUUCUGCCAACUACAAAAUGAAACUAGGGAGAACCUAUUUGUGUUGUGCCACUAUACCAAGGCACUAUGGAAUAGAGUUAUACAAUGGUUGGCUAGGACUUACACAGCUACUUAUAACUGGGAGCAAUACGUUCAAUGGGCUGUCCAAAACAACAAAGGGAAAUCUCAAGAUGGUACAAUUUUCAAGCUGGUAUUUGCGGAAGUAGUUAAUGCUAUAUGGCUUGAAAGAAAUGCAAGAGUAUUCGAGAAGAGAAGGAGGUAUUGGGAGGCCUUAGCAAGAGAAGUUGCCUUUGUUUCAUGUGUCAGAGCCUCAGCUGGGAUCAGAACCAAAAUGCAGCACCUACAAUUCUAA